AUGGGUGUCGCUGCUGUGGGUGCUGGGACUCUCUGCGCUUUGGCGAUGUCGGCCAAGAGAUCCCGUGCUGCGAGGCCACUCCGUGCGCGUGGCGGUGAUGUGGUGGAGACGCUGCCGACCACGGAGAUCAACUACUACAAGCUAGACAGCAUCAACACCACCCAGAUUCUGGCAUCUAUGCGCGGGGCCCUGAAGGCGAUGAGGGCAAUUUUCGAUUCCGAGAAGCCCGCUGAGGAGCAGAUGAAGGACGCCCUGUGCGAUCAGGAUGUCCGCUUCGCGCUGGUCUCGCUCUCCAGGCUUCCGGUCUUCUCUCACGAAUUCGGUCUUGCCUUCAAGGACGAUCUUGACCUGCUGCACACCUUAAAGCAGCUGAAGUACUUCUGGAAUCUGCCGCAGAGCCAGCUGGCCAUCCUCAUGGAGAACCUGGCUCGGCGCUUGGAUGCUGCGUCAGCCGCGGACUUCAGCAUCUUUACCGAGAAGCUCUGCCAAUCUUCUGCACAUCUCCUCGCUAUUAAGGAGGUGAGCAAGGAACUGCCAGAGGACGUCCAUGCAGAGUACAUGAAGAAUGCUGCCUACUUGGAGGAUGCCGACGCGCAUGCGGUCUAUCCUACUUCCAUCUACCGGCAGUGCGACGCCUUGACCUUGGCAACUCAGGACGCAUCCACCAUUGAGGCGGUGAUGAGCACGACCAUCACCACGACAAUCAAGAUCGCCCGCAAGGUCCUUGAUCCCUCCAACCACCUGCUCUUCGACGUCUACAAGCCGUUGGGCCGCUGUGUGGCUGUUGUGGACGAUAAGGUUGACGAGCACUAUGGCGCUGAGAUCGACAACUACUUUGCCACCCACGGCAUCGAGUUCACCAAGCUCGUCUUCAGUGGCAACGAGGUGGACAAGGGCAUCGAGGACGUUGAAAGGAUUUUGGUGGCCAUGAAGAAGUAUUCCGUAGGCCGCCACGAGCCUCUGCUGGUGAUCGGCGGAGGUGUGAUCGCAGACAUUGCGGGCUUUGCCACCUCUCUGUACUCCCGGAACACACCGUACGUGAUGCUUUGCACCUCCAUUGUCUCGGGCAUUGAUGCCGGCCCGUCUCCACGCGUUUGCUGCAAUGGCUACGACUACAAGAACCUCUACGGUUCCUACCAUCCGCCAGUGCUCACCAUCACCGACCGUGGUUUCUGGAAGACCCUUCAUCCUGGCUGGCUCCGCCACGGAGUGGCAGAGAUCAUCAAGAUGGCUGUUAUGAAGGACCUGACCCUCUUUGAGCUUUUGGAGAAACACGGUGUGCGGGCUGUGCAAACCAAGUUCGGCACGGAGGGUGAUAGCGUGGAUGACGCCGAGUUUCAGGAUGUUUGCGACCUGAUUGUCGGCAAGGCCAUGGAGGGCUACGUCCGCUCCGAGUACGGCAACCUUUGGGAGACCCACCAGUGCCGACCACAUGCAUAUGGGCACACUUGGUGCCCUGGCUAUGAGCUACCAGCCGGCAUGUUGCAUGGGCAGGCGGUGGGCACCUGCAUGGGCUUUGGGGCCUACCUCUCUUUCAUCGAGGGCUGGGUAUCAGAGGAGGAGAUGCACCGUGUCCUGAAGGUAAUCUCGGAUUGCGAGCUCUCCCUGUACCACCCUAUCAUGGAUGAUGACAAGAUGGUUUGGAAGACCCAGCUAGCGAUCGUGGAAAAGCGCGGUGGCAACCUUUGUGCUCCGAUUCCGAAGCCUCUUGGCUUCUCCGGUUAUUUGAAUGACCUGUCGGAGGAACAGCUUUACCAGAGGAUGCACGAGUACAAGGACCUUGUGUCCAAGUACCCUCGUGGCGGUCGGGGUGUGGAAGAGCAUUGCGUGGACGUGGGCUUGGAGGACCCGCAAGCAAAGAAGCUGCAAAAGAAGGCGGAGGCGGAGGCUGGUCAGGCCGCCGUCGUUGCUGGGAAGCUCGAGCUUCUGGAGCAGCUGAGACAUGAGGGGCUGAUCAAUGCAGAACAGUUCGAGCUCAAGCACCAACAGCUUGCAUAG